AUGUCUGUCAGGCCUUUUACCAUUGCUGUACCUGCGAGUGACUUGGAAGACUUAGAGGACCGCUUAAAGAAGAUUCGACUACCAGAAAUUUUAGAACGCAACGACUGGGACCGUGGUAUAAAUGGAAAAUAUCUGCUAGAAGUAAUUGACUACUGGAAGAAUACAUAUGAUUGGAGGAAGACAGAAAAGGAGCUGAACAGUCUCCACCACUUCAAAACAUCGAUAUCUGGAAUUGAUGUUCAUUUCAUUCAUGAGAGAGGCAAAGGUCCAAAUAGCACACCAAUCAUUUUGACACAUGGUUGGCCAGACAGUUUUCUCAGAUACACGAAUAUUAUACCAAUGUUAACGGAUCCAGCACGGUUUGGACGAGAUUCGAAAGAUUCCUUUGAUGUUGUCAUACCUUCGCUCCCUGGUUUUGGAUUUUCUGGCUACUCCUGCGAAACUUCAAUAAACAAGGAGACAAUCGCAGAUAUGUGGUUGGAGCUGAUGAAAAACCGGCUAGGUUACCAAAAGUUCAUUGCAGCGGGAGGAGAUAUAGGAUCCGGUGUAACGAGAUACCUAUCAUUCAAGUACCCUCAGCAUUUGCUUGGAAUACAUCUGACUGAUGUUAAUGUCAUUCGAGAAUUGAUUGAAGCUACUGAUGCAAAAGAAUUAUCGUCUGAAAAUCGUCUAUACGUUGAAGAGGCGAAUAGUUGGCUUCAUAACGAAGCGGGAUAUAUGAAUAUACAGGAAACGAAACCGCAAACCUUAGCAAUUGGGCUUUCUGAUUCGCCUGUUGGCUUGGCAGCGUGGAUUCUUGAGAAGUUUCAUUCGUGGAGGGAUCCAAACUCAAAGCUGUCCCUAGAAGAAAUUUUAACAAAUAUCUCAAUUUAUUGGUUCAAUAAUAAUAUUUCGACUGCUGCCCGGAUUUAUUAUGAAAACAGUCAUUUCCUACACCCUAUUGGUCGGACUGAUGUGCCUACUGGCUUUUGUCUGUUUCACGCGGACAUGCUGCUACCCCCCAAAGAAUGGGCUGAAAACCAUUUCAAUGUCAUCCAUUGGGCAAACGUUUCUAACGGUGGUCAUUUUACAUCGAUGGAAAAUCCAGAAGAAUAUACCGAGAGCCUGUUCGCUUUCCACAGACGACUAGAUCAAUUAUAA